AUGAACACGGAGGAGACGCAGGUGGAGCUGCAGGAUGCGGGGAGCAGAGAUACGGAGCUGAAGGAUGCGGAGGAGUCCCCCGCUCAGCCCCCCGCUCAGGAUGCUGACGCCACGGAGGCCGAUGUGAGCGAGGCGGACCUGGACCAGGAGGAGCAGGAGAAGCAGCCGAUGACCGGAGCAGGAGAACGGGGAGAAGAGGCUCUGUCUGCCGGAGGGGAGGGGGAGGCGGCGGCGGAGAAAAACGGCGCCGUGAAGCUUAAGAUCCCUGAAGAGGAGGAGGAGGAGGAGGAGGACCGGAAGGUGAAAUUCACCGGGCUGAACAAGGAGGAGCUGCUGAGGGUGGCAGGGACCCCGGGGUGGGUGCGGACCCGCUGGGCGCUGCUCGUGGUGUUCUGGCUCGGUUGGUUGGGGAUGCUGGGCGGAGCUGUCCUCAUCAUCCUGCAGGCUCCUCGCUGCAGAGAGCUGCCCGCCACCAACUGGUGGAACGAGGGCCCGCUGUAUCAGAUCGGAAACAUCCAGGCCUUCACCGACGCCCGGGACCUGAAGGGUGUGGAGCAGAAGGUCAGCAGUCUGUCUCAGAUGAAGGUCAGAGGUGUUGUUGUCGGCCCGCUCCACGUCGCUCCUGCAGACGACGCGAUGGGUCUACGCUUUGAGGAUGUUUCUCCUGAGAACGGAAACCUGGAGCAGUUUAAGGGCCUCGUUCAGGCCGCCCAGAAGAAGGGGAUUUCUGUGGUUCUGGAUCUGACUCCAAACUACCAGGGAAAAUCUGGAGCGUGGUUCUCCAACACCAGCGUGACCAGUGUGGCUGAGAGGCUGAAGUCUGCUCUGGUGUUCUGGUUGGAUCAAGGCGUGGACGGCGUGCAGCUGUCGGGGGUGGAGCGGGUGGCUGCCGUGGUUCCGUCUCUGUGGGCCGACAUCCGAGCCAUCGUGCAGAACGGGACGGAGCAGCAACCCAACAAGAGAGUCCUGAUCGGCGUCACUGAGCGCUCCUCGCCUGAUGACGUCUCCACCCUCCUCUCCUCCACCGGCGUCGACCUGCUGAUCUCCAGGGUCCUCCGCACCGGUAGCACGGACGCCGCUGAGCACGCUCGAUCCAUCCAGCUGCUGUACUCGUUCAACGAUCAGACCCGGCUGGCGUGGAGCUUUGGGGGACGGGAUGAGGGACAUCUGGCAUCGCUGGUGGGGCCGGCUCUGGCCCGACUGAACCUGCUGCUGCUGCUCACGCUGCCAGGUACACCCGUGGUCAACUAUGGAGACGAGAUCGGCCUGAUGGACGAGGGCACCAAGUUUCCCAAAAUGCUUUGGGACUCUGAUGAAGAGCUGAACGGGACUCUGCAGGAGGAGCGAGCCGAGCGUUUGUCCUCUCGCAGGUUUUUCCGCACCCUGAGUGAGCUGCGGAGUAAAGAGCGCUCCCUGAUGUUCGGUGACUUCCUGCUCCUCUCUAACUCCUCCUCCUCGCUGGUGUACCUGCGCAUGUGGGAUCAGAGCCCUCGCUACCUGGCGGCGUUUAACUGGGCCGAGGAGUCGGCGAUGCUACAGCUGAGUGGCGUGAUGCUGCCCCUGCAGGCUUCCGUCACCAUUAGCACCAACAACAGCGCGCUGCCCACAGACAGCAGCGUGGACCCCAGGAACCUGUGGCUCGGCCCCGGACAGGGUACGCUCCUCAGGUUUCCCUACACGGGGUAGAGAUUAGAUUAAAGAUCUGUUUGCAGCUGUUUGUUGUUUGUGAACACGAUGACUGAAGCUUCACUCAGACGUCUCAUGAGUGUUCGCGGAGACACUUUGAACAAAUGUUUAAAAUAAAGAGAAAGAAACAUCAGGGAUGACGUGUGGCAGAAACACGGUCUGAUGGAGCUUCAGUCGGUCGAUCUGGUUCAUAAAUGUUUCGUCAUGUUUUAAGAUGUUAAAUUUAAACGAUAAAUAAAUGUGACACAGCCGUUCUCUCUGUGGAAACAAAUAAACAGUUCAUUGCAUUUAAAGUUCAAA